GACAUUUCAUAAUUCUUAAUCAUGUCUGAUAACGGAGAACUGGAAGACAAGCCUCCAGCACCUCCUGUGCGGAUGAGCAGUACCAUUUUCAGCACUGGAGGCAAAGACCCUUUGUCAGCCAAUCACAGUUUGAAACCUUUACCCUCUGUUCCAGAAGAAAAAAAGCCCAGGAACAAAAUCAUCUCCAUAUUCUCAGGCACAGAGAAAGGAAGUAAAAAGAAAGAAAAGGAGCGCCCAGAAAUUUCUCCUCCCUCCGACUUUGAGCACACCAUCCAUGUUGGCUUUGAUGCUGUUACUGGAGAAUUCACUGGCAUGCCAGAGCAGUGGGCUCGGUUAUUACAGACGUCCAACAUCACCAAGCUAGAGCAGAAGAAGAAUCCGCAGGCCGUACUGGAUGUUCUGAAGUUCUACGACUCCAACACGGUGAAGCAGAAAUACCUGAGCUUUACUCCUCCUGAGAAAGAUGGCUUCCCUUCUGGAACACCUGCACUCAGUACCAAGGGAUCGGAAACAUCAGCAGCAGUAGCAGAGGAGGAUGAUGAUGACGAAGAGGCUCCUCCUCCUGUUAUUGCCCCACGGCCAGAUCACACAAAGUCGAUUUACACCCGGUCUGUAAUUGACCCUAUUCCUGCACCAGUUGGUGAUUCUAAUGUUGACAGUGGUGCCAAGUCUUCAGACAAACAGAAAAAGAAGACCAAAAUGACAGAUGAAGAGAUUAUGGAGAAAUUAAGAACCAUUGUGAGCAUAGGUGACCCUAAGAAAAAAUAUACAAGAUAUGAAAAAAUUGGACAAGGGGCAUCUGGUACAGUUUUCACUGCUACUGAUGUGGCGCUGGGACAGGAGGUUGCUAUCAAACAGAUAAAUUUACAGAAACAACCAAAGAAGGAAUUGAUUAUUAAUGAGAUUCUGGUGAUGAAAGAAUUAAAGAAUCCGAACAUAGUUAAUUUCUUAGACAGCUACCUGGUGGGGGAUGAAUUGUUCGUGGUGAUGGAGUAUCUUGCUGGCGGGUCACUUACUGACGUCGUCACGGAAACCUGUAUGGACGAAGCACAGAUUGCUGCUGUGUGCAGAGAGUGUCUGCAGGCAUUGGAGUUUUUACAUGCUAAUCAAGUGAUCCACAGAGACAUCAAGAGUGACAAUGUGCUUUUGGGGAUGGAAGGAUCGGUUAAACUUACCGACUUUGGUUUCUGUGCCCAGAUCACCCCAGAGCAAAGCAAACGCAGUACUAUGGUCGGGACGCCUUACUGGAUGGCACCGGAGGUGGUCACACGGAAGGCUUAUGGCCCUAAAGUGGACAUCUGGUCUCUGGGUAUCAUGGCUAUUGAGAUGGUAGAAGGAGAGCCUCCAUACCUCAAUGAAAAUCCCUUGAGGGCCUUGUACCUGAUAGCAACUAAUGGAACCCCAGAACUUCAGAACCCAGAGAAACUUUCCCCAAUGUUUCGAGAUUUCUUAAAUCGAUGUUUGGAAAUGGAUGUGGAGAAAAGGGGUUCAGCCAAAGAAUUAUUACAGCACCCCUUUCUGAAGCUGGCCAAACCAUUGUCUAGCUUGACGCCGCUGAUUAUGGCAGCGAAAGAAGCAAUGAAGAGUAACCGUUAACAUCAAAACUGUGGCCUCCUGUUCUUUUUUCUAUUUUCUAAAAGAAGUCUUUUAAUAUAUGAAAUUAUUACUCUUUGGGGGUUUUUUAAAAAUGGUCUAUAUAACACCUUUUAAAAAAAAAAAAAAAAAAAAAGCAAAGUGCUAUUCCCUGAAGACAACUAAGAGAAAAUGGCAGAAAGAGAAUUAUGACUUUGAAAUGAAGCCCUUCCUUAGGGUCCAGGAAGAAGUGUGGACUGAACCACUCGCCUUAUGUUUGUCGGCACACAACCUGACAGGGUCAUUUUCAUGCUUGACAGUUGCGUUUUAUUUUGCUGAAGUCAUAAUAGACCUCGCUCAUUGUCCCCUUCUGGGUGUUUUCUGUACUUGAAUGGGAGAUGCGAGUUCUUCAGUCUGGCUUCAUCAUCUGCUAUCUUUUCUCUCUCCCCUAUCUUCCCAUUUCCUUGACUUGCUCCUUUUAAGUUGCUUUGAGAUGUUUUGGUUUUUUUUUUCCUCAUGCCUAAAUUCCAGGCAAGUAUGAUAGAAAUUAAGAGCUCCUUAUACUGGCAGAGGCCUCCAUGUGGUUUAACUUCAUCUAGAAGUUAGGACCAGCUGUUGCGAUUUGUCAUCUUCCAGUUCAGAACUUGAACUGAGGAAACGAAGACAAGUAUGUGAUUUUUACCUUUUCUAACAAAUGUGAAAGUCGGUUUUAGAAAUUCGUGCUAGCGAGUUUGGCAUUUGUUACAUGUAUAGAGAGAAGACUAAUAUCUAUAUUUAUAGCUAGAUCACUGAGACAGAGGGAGCCCCAUUGACUACACACCCCUGUAUCAAGUUUGGCCUUCCCUGCCGUCUCCUCUUCACGGUGGGCUGCGGGAAACAAAGAGCUUUGUUCUUGUACCAGCUUGAGCUUUGUGACCUCGCUUGAUGCUCCCGCCUUCCCCUUCGUUUUGAAAAUAAGUUUCUGUAUAUGUUGUAAUUUUAGGUUGAGGUUUAUUUUGUUUGUUUUUAUUUUUAAUUAACCCUCUCCCACCUCACCCAUACCCCUCUCUUUCCCAUCCCCCAUGGCAGUUAACAACCAUUGUAUUUUCAAAAUUUGAAGGUUAACCUUUUUUUUUCCCAUUUAAAGGAGGAAAAAUAUUGGGGACGAACAGAGAUAAAGUGAGGGACUUGAACCUUGGUGAUUUCUAAAAUAAUUAUGUGAUACUGUAGUCAUGAAAGAGAAAAUGUCCGUGUCAUAAAGAAGAUGCACCUUGUGACCAGUAAACUUAGAGCUUCGUUGUAAAUCACACCAUCCCCAGCCUCCAUUACAGUGCUACUGUCCGCAAGAACUUACGUGGCAGAGUACUGCUCGAUAAAUUCUUGGGGUCCUGGAGAUGUUGAGUUACUUUCAUUUCAUUUUAUUUUCCAGAUAAUUAGAGGAUAUUCGUGUCAAAAGCUGGAGAAAGGGAGAAAAGUGUAGUGUGCUUGUUGAUAGUAACAGUUUUUAUUUUAAAGAUUAAGAGGAGGUCUGUGACCUGUAGCAUUAUUAAAGUGCUCCCUCCCCCCACUUCUUUAUUUUCGUUGUCGUUUUGUGUUUGGAGAAUGUACUGCCCUUCGGAUGUGUCUGGAACCACAUAAAAGAAAAAUCUGUAGUUUGGUUCUGGCGUUCUGUUCCCGCCCUCCUCUCCCAGUUAACUCCGCACCUGCUUGCCAUCCCGCAGUAGUACAAAUCAUGGACAGAAGUAAUUUUGCCAUUCUGGAGAGCAUUGGGGAAACUAGCAGGGUUUUGUUCCCCAUUAUUCCUGUCAUAUCUGUGCUAAAAUACAGGUAUUAUAAGGAUUGAAAUGUGUGUUUUUUACUGAUAAUGCCGAAAGGUUUUCAGGAAAAACUGAGUAAAAUAAUUAAUGAAGCUUGUAUCUACAGCACUUAAUGGUUUCUGUUUUCUGUUGAAUUUCUCUGGACAUCUUGGCCUUCAAGAGCUAUUGCUAAAUUACAGAAACAAGCUGGUUUAUUUCUGGCAGAAAUCUAUAGUGCCUCUUGAAUUCCAGUUGGAACAUUCUUUCUGAGCGGUCGUCUGGAUGGACUAUACUAAAGAUGUUACCGGUGAAAGAUGCAGCGCACUAGAUAAGACCGUGCCCGUCCUCGAGAAGGCACCUCAUCCUCAGUCAGACCGAACUAACGGAACACGCGCCAGGGCCCCGUUCACGCUUGUGACUCGCAGAGGGCUUGGGGUAGGGAGGAGCAGUUUGGGAUUUGUAUUUACAGCUUCUUUGAUGGUUACCUGUACGUCCAUUGCUGGCAACGGACUUUGCCGUUAAAACCUGACUUAACCUAGGUUAAGGGAGGUAUACCGUAGUUUGUUCUUUACUUACCUGGAGAAACUAACCUGUAAUAGAAGAUACUUUGGUUAAUUCUGAAAUGUGUCAUUUUUAAACAAAAUAAUCUUAAAAGCAAUACAGAAUUGUGAUUUAUUAGUUAAUUUUAAAUUAAAAUGUUCAGAUCUUGUUGAAAGAAUAAUUAUAUCUGAAUCAAGAUUCGUGUCUUUUUAAUAAUUGCCUUUUGUAUUCACUUUCUGUCAUCAUUUUAGAACGAAAAUUCCCAUUUAGAUCUAAAAGUCACCUAGGUAGUCCCCUUGUGCUAUUAGGCCAUUGUUACUGUAGUACUUAUUUAUUAGUCUUUAGACUCUGUGGUAGUUUUAAAGUUAUCUUCUUCUCAUGUUCCUUUUGCUGCUUUUAGGGACAGUUCAAAACGGGGAACUAUGGAAAAUUGAACAUUCUAUUCUACCUAGAAUAGUAAACACGAGACUAUGUAGCACAAGGCACCAUGGCUGACACAACUUUGUCUUCGUGUGUUGAAUGCCUGGCCUGUAACAAGAAUUCGCCUCCCUUACACUUAGAAAUAUCAAGCUGCUUAAAACUUACCUAGUAACCAUCAGUCCUAAGUGAACCUGUGCCUUUAACAAGCAAUUUUAAACUACCUAUGGGUAUUCCUUUUAAGGCUCACUUAAAUACAGCUGUCUGUAUAUACCAUAUUCCUAGCCAGAAUAAUUUUAGAUCUGACCUGGCAGUAGCUGUAGUUUAAAAAAAAAAAAAAAAUUUUUUUAAAGGUGAUUAAAGAAUUUGCAUCAAUUUUUGAAUCUAAAAUUUUUGAAAAAUAUACUGAGAUUUCUAUCCAGUGAACUGUUGAAAUGCCAUUAUAAUAUAACUAAAAUCAAGAUGAACACCUAUUUUGUUUUUUUUAUAGCAGAAUUUCUUAGUAAUAUAAAAAGCAAAUUGUCUUCUCUUGCUCUACUGCUCUCCCACAACUGAUUUGUGAACAUUUAAAAUCAGUUUUUCUGCAGUGCACGUGUAUGUGUGUAUAAGCAGAAAAUAUAUAUAUGGAUGAAUGUAUACGCACACACACACAUUUUCUUACGCAAAACAUUUGCUGCACACUCUGGCAAAAAUGCUAUUGAUAGAUGUUGGAGUUACAGAGAAAAACCGAGCACUGGCCUGGCCCUGAAAGAACGGUCUUUCUCAUUCACCAUUCUCGAAGGUUUCCAAGACAGGCAGAAAGAAAUGUGUGAUAAUUCUGGUAAAUUUUCAUUCUUUAAGAAGAAAGAGACUUAUAUUUGGAAUACAACAUCUUUGGCUGGAAUGUAUUGACCUUUUUCCCUUUCUUCUCUUGGUAGCUAGAAAUGAAAGUAGCUUAUUUCCUGUUUCAUCUUCAAAUUUUAUAUUGCCUUUUAUUUUUAACUUAAUCCCAUUCAAUUAUUUAAUUGUUACAUUGACAUUAACUGCUGUAUUUGAUGACUUUGUUCAGUAUACUUUGUUUGAUAAUUUUGUUCUUUCAGGGCUAGAAAUAAACUUUUUUUAAUGUCCA